AUGGAAACCCAAACUGGACAGACAACAUCUGUUAUAGAUAACUCUGAAAAAAAUGAGAGUGGGGCCACUGAUCAAUCCUUCUCUUUGCUGAUUCCAGUAAAAUAUCAUAACUUAAGUAAGCAAUACAUUUCUACUUCUGAAGCAGUCAUAAAAGAUAAGGAUCAGCGGAACCAGAAUUUUGUCUCUGACGAAAGGGAGAAGAAAAGUUGCCAUGAUACAGACACUAUGCCGGUCAGCUGUAACUACAUUCUAGACAUUAAAUUGAAAGAUGAGGCUUUGACAAAAGGAAGAGUUUCAAAGAAGAGAGCAUCAAGUGUGAGGAAAAGAGAGCAUGAUGUUGCUUUGCAAAAUACACUGCAAUCAGAGGAUAAGAAAAGAAGGCGUAGGAGUUCUUCAUUGGAAGUGGGAUCUCAAGGAGAUGUCAUAGAAAAAAGAUAUACUAAUUCUUUACUAGAACAUGAACAAAAAAUCCAAAGUUUCACAAAAAAUCCAAAGGAUUUAAAGAAAUGCCAGCAUCCCUUGGUAAUGAGAGAAUUACAUAAGGAGACGAAAACUUUAACUGAAAAGGAUGGGACUUCAGUAAUAAUUGAUUUAAGCUCUGAAAAAGAAUCAAAUUUGCAGAAAAACCAUAAUCACUUAGCCUCAGAAUCAAGACUUCAGCAUAAAACAUGGAAUUUUAGGAAGAGGAUUAAAUCAGUUUGGCCAGAACAAAAGCAGAACAAAAGUCAAAGAGUAAAGAGAAAUCUAACUGAGAAGCAUGGUACUUCAGCAAUGAUAGAUUUAGGGUCUGAAAAAGGACCAGGGAACCUGCAGAACAGCCAUAGUUGCACAGUCUCACAAUUUGAGCAGAAAACAUGGAAUUUUAGGGAGAGGAUUAAACCAGUUUGGUCAGUACAAAAGCAGGACAAAAGUCAGAAAGUAAAGAGAAGCAUAUGUCGGUUAGAAUGUAUCAUACAGAACAUAACUGCAUUAAAAUACAGAGAAAGGAAUUUCCCCAAAUCACAUGUAUGUGUAAAGUACCCAGUUAGUGUGAUGUCUGAAAANAGCCAUAGUUGCACAGUCUCACAAUUGAGACUUCAGCAGAAAACAUGGAAUUUUAGGGAGAGGAUUAAACCAGUUUGGUCAGUACAAAAGCAGGACAAAAGUCAGAAAGUAAAGAGAAGCAUAUGUCGGUUAGAAUGUAUCAUACAGAACAUAACUGCAUUAAAAUACAGAGAAAGGAAUUUCCCCAAAUCACAUGUAUAUGUAAAGUACCCAGUUAGUGUGAUGUCAGCUGCUAUGUCACAUUUUUCAAGUAACUCUAUAGAAGGAAUAGAGAGUCUAAUGAAAAAUAUCAGGAUGAAUUUUGUAAAGCAAAAAGAACUGACUGUCUCAAAAUUGCAGAAAAGUAUAAAAGCUUCAGAUGAAAAUAGGCAAGAUUUAUUGCAUUCUAUAGCAGACUUUGAGGAAAAUAAAUGCAGAAGUAAUAUAGAAGAAGGAAUAAAUAGGAUGGUAACACAAAUAUUUUCAAAAUCAAAAAUGUAUACAAGUGAUGGUGAAAAGCAAAGUUGGAAGUCAGAAAAAAGUGUUAUAGAGAUCCUGGAAUAUAGCCAGUGGAUUUCAGAGAAGAAAAUAACUAAAGAACAAAUGGAUUGUGUACCUAAAGCGGAAUUGUUGGUUACUAAAACAGAGGGAACAAUUAAGGAAGAGACAUACGGAAAGAAUGAAAUUGUGUCUUCAACUGAUCUUAAAAAGGAAAUCAAAACAUCUAGAGAGGAUAUCCUUGACAUUUUAAGUAGACAAUAUGGAAGGCUGCCACAUACAAUUCUGAAUACUUUAAAGGACUGCAAUAUAGAGACAACAUUAGAACAGUCUGCAUCUCUACUAAUAACUGAGGCAAUUGAGAUCAAGAACAACAAUUCUGUUAGACUUUGCUUUUGGAAGCAGACUAACAAAUAUUGUAAUGCUAUUUUUUCUAUCACAAAUAUUACAUGUCCAGAAAAUUUUGACAUAAGAAUACUUGAAAAGAAAAUUGAAAAAAGCGCAUUGGUGAAGUAUCAGAAUGAAAGAUUUGAAUGGCUUCCUAUGUAUAAUAUUCCGCCCUGCAAAAAGAGUCUAGUAGUAAAAUCAUUUGAUUGUUAUUACAUUAAGACGUUGUUACAACCUAUAGAUAUUGAGUCUCAAAGCUAUAAAAUUAAUUGUGGAUCUCUGCAUAGUGCAUUUGAUCAAGGAAAAUCCCUAUCUUCUAAGGGUAUGGGACAGAAUGAACUUGGUAGUAUCUCUAAUGUAAUCACACAAAAAGAUGUUUUAGUUUCAAGAGAAAUGUUCCAACAUACUAAAAGUCAAAAUGGAAAGCGAAUCAAGGAAAAUAAAUUGUCCAUGGAUUUUAAAAAGCCAAGCAAAAAACUAAAAAUGCCAGAGGACCUAGAAGAAUCGUCAGUCAUGAAAGUUCUCAUAAAUGAGGAUAUUUCCACUGAACAUGGAAUACCAAUAGAAGAUAAUACUAUUGCCAUAGAUUCUGCAAUAGUUUCUGAAAAACUAGAUUAUAGUGAAACAAGUAUCUUACCUUUACUUGAUUACAUACCUGAUUUAAGUCUGGAACUGUCUUCUCAAAAUCAAGUUGCCACUAUGUCUAACAAUAAAACAGCAGACCAAGAGCACUUCGUUACAUAUGAUUACAGUAUUUUUGAAAAUUCGGUAGUUCUUGAAACUGACAAGAAUAAAUUAAAAGAAAUGGAGGCAUUUGUUGACUUCAGUAAAAUGGAUAAAAAGAAAUCCAUAGCGGAGACACUGGAUAGUGAAAAAAGUAUGAUCUGUAAUAGUAAUGCCGCUCCUUAUAAGAAAAGAAAAAGGACAUGUAAUAAAAAAAUAAAUAAAACUGAUCGGAAACCACAACUGUAUAGCUGUCAAAGAGCAAUCCCAAUUAGUAGUAAAAAUAUAUGGCCUCAUGGAUCAUGCGCAAGAACAUCCUUGUGGAUUCGUAAAAAUUAUGCAUUAGAUUCACGAAGAGGAUAUUUAGAAGGUAUUGAUUCAGUAACAAAAUGCAGCAAAUUGAAGGUCCGUAAACCAUUGGUAGAUAGUAAAAUAUCUAUAAAUACAAUAGAAUGUGUUGAAAGUCCACUUUCAGACGCAAUAUUGCAUAUAGGCAAGACACUUUCACCUAUUACUGAGAAUAGAUUUUCUUCUAAUGGUAUGAAAAGAUCUAAACAAAGUACACUUGAUACUAAAAUUAUAAAAUCAAAAGUGAUUUUGAAUUCAUUAGGGAAAGAAGCCAAAGGAAAAAAUAUAAAUAUUCAUAAUGACUCGUUUGCAGGCAUUAGGAAAAAGAGGACAGAUAAUCGAAAAGCAUCACUUACCAAAAAAAAACCAGUGCUGAAAAAUGUGACAUCAGGAAAUUUGUCAAACUUCAAAAUUUCUUUACUUAAGGAUAAAGAUAAUUUUAAAAAACUAGAAACUGAAACAUCAUCCGAAAAAGAUACUUGCAAUUCUUCAAAUGUUUUAGAGAAUGCUCUUUCUCUAAAAGAAGCUAGAAUUAAACAGACUUCAUCUGACAAAAAUUCUAGUUCACAAUUUCAAUCUGAACAGGAGAAUUAUAAGCCUGCACCGGAAAAAUACAUAACUCAAUUUAACAGUGAUAUUUCUGAAAACUUUUCUAAAAAGAGAAGAAUUUGUAAUACUUUGGGGAGUACAUCAUAUGAGAAUAAACUAGAAUCACCAACUUUGAAUGCUACUCCUUUCUCUUCGAGAACUGGAAAUAUAGAUGAGCAAAUGCUAAAUUCUGCUUUGGCCUCAGAAACUAUUAAAGUUAACGUUAACAAGUUGGCACAGGACAAAGAUGACAUUUGUGCAGAUAUUCUGAAGGCUUAUGAAGAUGAUAUUCUUAUAAUUGAUGUUAUUCAAGAUGAUCCUGAUCUGUUUGGAGAUAAUAAACAAGAAGAUGACUAUGCAAAGAUUCAUAAUACUAAAAACAUUUAUACCAGUGUUUUUUCAGAAAAAAAUCCGGAAUGGAAAUUGAAAUCAUCUCAACUUCCAAAAAGCAAGCAUUUGAAAUGUAUUAGAGACAGCUUCAUUCAAGAUUAUGAAACACUGAAAUUGGAUGAAAAUACUAAUGGUUUGGUGCUUCAAGGAGGAAUAUCAGAAUCAUCUCCUGCAGAUGGACAACUGUCAGAACCGAAUAAACUUACCAAAGAUAUUGAUACAGAUGAAAAGUAUGAAUUUUCGGAGAAAUUGCUUGCUAUGCAAGAACAGGAAACAAAUGUUCAAGACUUUGCAGAAAUUGAGAAUACCCUAACUGUUGAACCUCUGAUCUGUGAUUAUGAAUUGGAAUUUCCAGUUCCUACUGUUCCUACUGUGAACAUCAUUGUUCCUCAACAGCAAGACCGAGCACUAAAAUCAAGGAUGAAUGAUUUCAGAUUCCCAAGGAAAUGUCGUCCUUUGCCCUUAUCAAUUACUAAUAGUUAUAAAACACGGAAAGGAGAAAAAUAUCCACAGACUAAUUUAGGAUUGACUCUACCUCGUGGAUAUUGCAGAUACCAUUUCAAUUCAUUGAAUGGCUGUGAGAAGCCAAGCUGUUGGUUUUCACAUGUUCUUAUAUCAAGAGAUGAUAAGCUUUGCAAUGAAAUAAUUAAGAAAUAUAUAAGCAUUGGUGACAUAGUUUUGCUGCAACGGGCAGUACAUAUACUCACAAAUUACUGCAAAAAAGGUACUGCUGUAUAUCACUUGGAUUCGCAAAUGUUCCAUGAUCUCCUAACAUCUUUGCUUCAGUUCCCUUUGCUGAAAGAACUUUUUCAUGUAAUACACACUGGCAUCAGGAUUAAAAUAUUACCAACUAUAGACAUUCUACUCAAAAUGUUUGAAGAAGUGGCUUCUAUGAAAGUAAAAGAGGCAGUACCUGAAUUAUCCGACAUCUUUUGUAAGCUUAUUGAUGCUGGAAUGGUUCUUGAAUGUGAACAUAUUAGACAUAUCACCAACUUAUUAAACCAGUUACAUAUUUCCAGUCAGGAAAUUACUAUGCUUACAUCCAGGUAUGUACUUUUUAAUAUACUUUUAAAACUUCAAAGGGAUAAAGUUUUGAAGUAUCAAUUAGAAAGACCUUUUCACGAAGCCAUCUUUUGUGAUUUUGACUCAACAGUAGCAGAAUUUAAGCAUUGUAAAGAAAAAAGUGACUGGGCUAAAUUGGGAACUUUGUAUGCUAAUGUGACGAGAGGGUGUAAAAAUGCUGAUUAUCUUGAAAAAUACUUGUGGCAUGUAGCCAGCAUACUAAUCAGUUCAGUGAAGGAAGAGAAGCCAGGCAUUCCAUUUUGUGAAUUUGCUGCAACAGUUAAUGUUGCUGGUCAUCGUGAUGAAAGAGACAUAUCUUCAUUAGGACAGAUUGGCAUUAGUGUCAUGUUUUCAUAUUACAAAAUACACCAGUGGUCAAAGGCCAAGAAGAUUCUGGAUGUGUUUCAUGAUUUAAAGAUAGACUUCACACUUCUUAAAGGAUUUUUUGAAUCAGAGCAAUCAGUAUCAAGAUGUCAAAUGGUUAAUGUUGCUGUGGAAAUCUUUCUCAAAUGUAGGAACCUUGAUGGAGUACUAUGGGUAUUGAGAG